UGCAGCUUUACCGGCCACAUUCCCUACGGCACACGAUGCGGGCCAAACUUUUUUUUGCCAGGCAAAUGUCCAUUUUUCUGUGUUUGUUUCCCCUUUAUUAUUGAAAAUAAAAUAACGGGCUACAAUAUACGAAAAAGCCCCUGUUCCUUUUUCAAAUUGUAAUGCUAAAAUAAAAUCAAGGAGCGACGUGAAUGAACGGAAGGGAUGUCCUGAAGCGUAUUCGCCACUUCUGACUUUGGACCAUCCGAACCACACAAGCAAACGAUUUGGACCAUCAAGUGGGGGAUUAUGGCGCUCACGAGGACUCUGCCAGCAACGCCAGCUGCCUCUUUAAAACCGUAACUGGCUUAAAAACAGGACCGAGAGACUUGUCAGUGAUCGGGACUUUGUUGGACUGAACGUGGGAAGAGAACUUGCUGGAAGUUAACGUGUGCUCAUCAGUUCUUCUCCAAUGGCGGAGGAGGAGGAAGAGGUGAUGCCCACGGAGUAUUUGUUGGAGCGGGUGAUGCUCAAGGACCUGAGCAAGAGACUACAGGUUGGUCAGGAGAUGGUUGAUCUUAUAAUGCAAGAGGACAAAUGUCCAGACCUGGAGCAAGACCAGGGGACGCUGGACAGAAUGGUGGAAGCGCUGGCCAGCUCUUGGGUCAACUCAAAUCACUUCAAGGUGGUGUUGUUGGGAAUGGAACUUCUGUCUGCACUCGUUAGCAGACUGCAAGAAAAAUUCAGGACGCAGGUUGCAACAGUUCUUCCUAGCUUAAUCGAUCGUCUGGGAGAUGCCAAGGACCAGGUACGGGACCAGGAUCAGGCGCUUCUUCUAAAGAUCAUGGACCUGGCUGCCAACCCACAGUAUGUAUGGGAGCGCAUGACUGGAGGAUUUAAACAUAAGAACAACCGUACCAGAGAAGGACUCUGCCUUUGUCUCAUCUCCACCUUAAAUGUGUUUGGAUCGCAGAGCCUGACUCUCAGCAAAAUAGUUCCUCACAUUUGUAACCUUCUGGGAGACCCCACAAGUCAGGUGCGUGAUGGAGCCAUGAGCUGCUUAGUGGAGAUCUACCGCCAUGUGGGUGAGCGUGUGAGAAUUGACCUUGGAAAGAAGGGCCUACCUCAGUCACGGUUGAAUGUCAUCUUUAGUAAAUUUGAUGAAGUCCAAAGGUCGGGGAACAUGGUCCUAUCACCUGUGUCAGAUAAAAACUCUGAGGAUGGUGAUUCAAUGGAUGGUGGAUGCUCAUCAGCCUCAUCCAAAGCUGAAUUGUUGCCUGGUAAAAAGACUGUUGGUUGUCCAUUCCGACGCACUGUCUCCAACAACAAGUCAUCAGUCGGCACAGGGAGAGAUGGGUCCACUGCUGGCGCGGUGGACGAGGGCGACUUCAUACAGGCCUUUGAGGAUGUUCCCUCUAUGCAGAUCUACUCCAACAGAGAGGUAGAGGAGGCCAUGGCCAAGAUUCGAGAUGUGCUCUCGGAUGACAAGCGCGACUGGGAGCUCAGAGUUGCAGCGCUGAAGAAGGUGCGCUCGCUGGUAUUGGCUGGAGCAAUAGAGUUUGAUGUCUUCCAGCAGCAACUGCGGCUCCUAGAGUCGGCCUUCAGAUUGUCUGCCAAAGACCUGCGUUCUCAGGUGGUUCGGGAAGCCUGUAUCACCCUCGGGCACUUGUCCUCAGUGCUCGGCAAUCAAUUUGAUCAUGGUGCGGAGGCCAUAAUGCCGACCCUUCUGAACCUAGUCCCCAAUAGUGCCAAAAUCAUGGCCACCUCUGGUGUGGCUGCUAUCCGCCUCAUACUCACACACACACACUACCCUCGUCUAAUCCCAAUCAUCACCAGCCACUGCAUCUCUAAAUCUGUGGCUGUCAGAAGGCGGUGUUAUGAGUUCUUGGACCUGAUGUUGAAGGAAUGGCUUACAAACUCUCUGGAGAGGCAUGUUGCUGUUUUAAUGGAAACUAUAAAGAAAGGCAUUCAUGAUGCAGAUGCAGAGGUGCGAUCUGUGGCCAGGAAGUGCUACUGGAACUUCCAGUGCCACUUCAGUCAGAAAGCAGAACAGCUGUUUCAAAGCUUGGAGUCGUCCUAUCAGAAAGCUUUGCAGGCUCACCUGCGGAGUGGCGAUACAGUGAUGUCACUGCCCCCAUCUGAUCAUUCCUCGUCCUCCUCACAAGAGAGCCUGAAUCGACAUUUGUCUUCAAGAAGCGUCACUGGAAGAAAUGUAACCAGAUCCAAGACCGCCCAAGCUUCCAGAACCGUCACUGGCACCUCCUCGUUGGGCUCUCUACAACGUUCUUGCAGUGACGUGGAUGUCAACGCAGCAGCCACAGCACGCACCCGGAUGCCAACUGUGACCUCAGCAGUACAUGCUUCCACUUCGUCCUUUAGCGCCGCCUCGGCUUUGCCCCCUGGAUCUUAUGCCUCACUUGACGGCUUGUAUUGUGUUAAAACAUAUGGUCGUGUCCGAACCCAAAAGACCACCACAGGAAAGCGUCCGACACUUCCUGACGGUCGGGGUCGCAGCAAAGGGAAGGUCACCUCACAGUCUCAACCUGGAAGCAGGUCCGGUUCUCCAGGCCGAAUGCUAGGCUCCCCCCACAGCAGGAUUGUCAAGUUGCCUGUGGGCAAUGCUACCACUAUAGUUAACAGCAGUUUAAGCAACAGUAGGCGUUCGCGGGGCCACCGCAGCCAGGGCUGUAGUCGGGAGACCAGCCCAACCAGAUCAGGCUUUGCACGGAGCCGAAUCCCUCGACCCAGCAUGAGUCAGGGCUGCAGCCGCGAAACCAGUCGCGAGAGCAGCCGUGACACCAGCCCCUCCAGGGGUUUCUCCCCCCUGGCAAUUCGCCGACACUGCUGUUCAACCAGCGCAUUGUUUUCUGCUGGGUGCUCCUCAGACCGUCUAUCUCACCAAGCUCGGAUCUCUGCCUCCGUCAAUGCCAUGCGAAUCCUCAACACGGGCACUGAAGUGGAGGCUGCUGUUGCUGAUGCACUGCUCUUAGGAGACUCGAGGAGUAAGCAACGACCAAUGCGGCGUCACUUUGAGUCGCCGGGUAUGUUCUCUGACGACGAUGCUAACAGCGAUGCCUCAAGCGCCUGCUCGGAUCGCUCGUACAGCUCACGUAACGGCAUGCGUCACUCGGAGGAUGUGGCUGAAAUUCUCAACCACUGCGCCAGCACCAACUGGUCAGAGAGAAAGGAGGGUCUGCUGGCAUUACAGAAUGUACUGAAAAGCCACAGAAUGCUCAGCCGCGUGGAACUGAAGCGACUCUGUGAGAUCUUCACCAGGAUGUUCGCAGAUCCUCACAGCAAGAGAGUCUUCAGCAUGUUCCUGGAGACGCUGGUGGACUUCAUUGUUCUGCACAGGGAAGAUCUGCAUGAAUGGCUUUUCGUCCUACUCACUCAGCUGCUGAAGAAAAUGGGUGCUGACCUCCUGGGAUCCGUCCAGGCCAAAGUUCAGAAGGCCCUGGACGUCACCUGUGACUCCUUCCCCUACGAGCAGCAGUUCAACAUUCUGAUGCGCUUCAUCGUGGAUCAGACUCAGACGCCUAAUUUGAAGGUGAAGGUGGCUAUUCUACGCUACAUCGAAGCUUUAGCGCGACGGAUGGACCCAGCUGAGUUUGUCAACACUAGCGAGACACGCUUGGCUGUCUCACGCAUUAUUACGUGGACUACUGAACCCAAAAGCUCUGAUGUCAGAAAGGCGGCCCAGGUGGUGCUCAUCGCCCUGUUUGAGCUCAACACACCAGAGUUCACCAUGCUGCUUGGGGCGCUGCCCAAAACUUUCCAAGAUGGGACCACCAAACUGUUACACAACCACCUGAGGAGCACAAGUGGAAUCAACAUGGCAUCGCCCAGUAGCUCAGCUGGUCGAACAACUCCACGCCAGUCUAGCAGCCGCAGCAGCCCACUGACAUCCCCCACCACCUGCUCUCAUGGAGGGUUUUCGCCAAGCAUGCUGGAAUAUGACAGUGAGAACUUGAACUCUGAGGAGAUCUACAGCUCCCUGCGUGGUGUCACUGAGGCAAUCCAGAACUUCAGCUACCGUAGCCAAGAAGAGCCGAUUGAGCCAUAUAAGCGAGAUGCAACGCGGGACACUACAUGCGGAGGUGCAGCUCCCUCACACUCUGAUUUACGCCUUUUCGGUGAUGUGGUGGAUGCCGGACGGACAGCUUUGGACAACAAGACUUCAUUAUUGAACACUCCUUUGCCACGCUCUUUCACGCUGCAACGGUUCAGAGACUACAAUCCGCACAACUACGAAGUUGUGGAGUUGCGACAAAAUGAACGCCAGCAAGAAUAUGUCGAAAACAAGAUCCAGAGCCCCAGAAAUGUCCCAGGAGUGACAGAGCAACUAGUAAGGGAGCUGCUGAAGGAGCUAUCCCAGGGCUCGGCAGGUGAGCGUGGCACCGAGGAACGCACCGUAGAGGAGCGAAGGGCGACCCUGUUGGAGCUUCUCAAAGUGGCUCGGGAGGACACUCAAGUGGUUUGGGAUGAGCACUUCAGGACCAUGUUGUUGCUCCUCUUGGAGAUGCUGGGAGACAAAGAUUACAUGAUCCGGGCGCUAGCUUUGAGAGUCCUGAAAGAGAUCCUGAGAAACCAACCGUCUCUCUUCAAGAACUAUGCUGAGCUAACCAUCAUGAAAACACUUGAGGCUCACAAAGACUCGCACAAGGAGGUGGUGCGUGCAGCUGAAGAGGCCGCAUCCACGCUGGCGGGCUCAAUCCACCCGGAGCAGUGCAUUAAGGUGCUUUGCCCCAUUGUGCAGACAGCAGACUAUCCAAUCAACUUGGCCGCCAUCAAAAUGCAGACCAGAGCUAUCGAACGCAUCACGAAGGAGCCACUGCAUCAGAUGUUGCAUGACAUCAUUCCGGGGUUAUUGCAGGGCUACGAUGACACGGAAAGCGGUGUGAGGAAGGCCAGUGUCUUUUGCCUCGUGGCCAUCUACGCCGUGAUUGGUGAGGACCUCAAGCCCUACCUGUCUCAGCUCACCGGCAGCAAGAUGAAGCUGCUCAACCUGUACAUCAAGAGGGCUCAGACCUCCACCAGCAAUAGCAGCAGCUCUUCUGAUAUCUCUUCCUACUAACCCACUUUUAACACAUUCAGUCUUUCAAUGCUGUUUUGGCAACCUGGCUGCCAUUUUACAUGCUUUCACAUAAAAUAUCAGCAACUUAAAUGCGAUUGGGAGCUUUUUUCACAAUAUAUGGCAGAAGAGGGAGAGGCCGCGUGCCUGAACAAAUUUCCCCUUCAGGCCCACCCUUUAAAGAGGAGCUGUUACAAAAAUGUUCUCUCUCGUCAGUCAGUGAGCUUUACGCCCAUCGCCACUUUUACCGAAUUCACCAGCUGCUGCCCCCUAUUGAAAGCAUCUACUGGUUUCCUGGACAAUGAGAUGAAGGCGUAACUUCUAAAAGCUGAUUUGUCACUUUGCAGCAGACGAUCACUUGGCUGGCCAAUGAUUUGAAGCUUAGCAGAUGUUUGAGCUCAACAAUAAAUAUUGAUUUCUUCAUUUGAGUUAAGUAAAAUGCAAUAUUUUCAAGACGCUACAUUCCGUUUGUCUGCGUAAAAUUAAUCCUGACACUUGAAUGUCAUUGAGGUUUUCCAGUGAGAAAUCUUUUUGGACAUUUCAUGUUCUUUAAUUUUGCCUUCGGGAAGAGGAAAUCAGGCAACACACAAAUGUGUUAGUGUAGAUCAUGAAUGAAGUUCUUGUAUUGAUGUGCUUGAGCUCCACCCCAAGCUUAGUCGUCAACAGAACAGUCCAAUUGUUGACUGAAUGAAGACUACUAUAAAUGUAUUCUAUAUUCCAUUAAUUAAGCAGUGCAGCUUGAAUUGUUGUAAACUUGUUUUAAAUGCUAUUAAAUGAUUAUUUUCAAUUGAAAUACAAAUUAGACAAUCAGCAGCUUCAGUAGAAAAGCUUGCUGAAUGUGAAAAUCACCUUGAGCCAGCCCGCGAAUGUCGUCGUGAUUGGAAUCCUUUGGCUGAAAAGAGAUUUGGGAAAUUGAUACUCUCAUCUUAGACUGUGGACUGAAACAGCAUUUUGGGCUUUAUGUUUAGAAAUAAAUAUUCACAUAGCAAUCAUUUUGUACAACUGUGCCUCUUAUACGCUUCAGAGCUACACGUCCUAUCAUAACACCCUUUGACGAAACAGGCCUCCACAUUUUCCAUGGCCUUGUCAAAGUGGGGCUGUUAACCUUGAAUGUUCCAUUUUCACAGUCAUUUUGUACGCGUGCCUUUAGUUAGACACCUCUUUUCCUACAAUAGAACUCAGCCCCAUCAUGAAACAGAUGGACUUGUGAGUAGUCAGGAGGUUGUUAGUAUUUUGCUGAUCCAUUUUAAAGCACACACGCAUGUUCCCACCCUCCCUGUCACGCAAUACUAUAUUUAUGUUGAGCAGAGUAUUACUGCAAGUAUUUAUGUCACAAGUGAGAUUUAAAUAAAAUA